AUGUUAAUCAUUUUCUUUCUUUCUUUCUAUCUUUUCCCAAUGAGUGAUUUCGAUAUCCCCCUUGCUAUCAAUUUCUUUCUUUCUUUCUUUCUUUCUUUCUUUCCUUCUUUCUUUCUUUCUUUCUUUCUUUCUUUCUUUCUUUCUUUCUUUUCCCAAUCAGUGAUUUCGAUAUCCCCCUUGCUAUCAAUUUUUCUUUCUUUCUUUUUUCUUUCUUUCUUUAUUUUUUUCUUUUCUUUCUUUCUUUCUUUCUUUUUUCUUUCUUUUUCUUUCUUUCUUUCUUUUCCCAAUUUAUCCCCCUUUCUUUUUCUUUCUUUUUUUUCUUUUCCCCCAAUCAGUGAUUUCGAUAUCCUCCUUGCUAUCAAUUUCUUUCUUUCUUUCUUUCUUUCUUUUCUUUCUUUCUUUCUUUCUUUCUUUCUUUCUUUUCUUUCUUUUUUCCAAUCACCAUACCUAUCUCCGUCUGUUCUAUGUCAGUCUGAUCAUUAUCUAUCUAUCUAUCUAUCUAUCUAUCUAUCUCAUUCUAUAGUUAAAAUAAGCUAUAUUUAUGAUGGAAGCGAUCUAUCUAUCUAUCUAUCUAUUUAUCUAUCUAAUUCUGUCCAUCUCUUUAUUUCUCUCUCUCUCUAUCUUACUAUCACACCCUGUUCUUCAUCUGUUCAUAUUUUUUCCUUUCUUUGUUUUUCAAUUUUUCAUAUCUAUCUAUCUAUCUAUCUAUCUAUCUAUCUAUCUAUCUUUCUCUCAUCUAUCUAUCUAUCUAUCUAUCUAUCUAUCUAUCUAUCUUUGUCUAUCUUUCUGUUAAUAUGUAGCACCCACCUCUAUUUCUAUCUAUCUAUCUAUCUAUCUAUCUAUCUAUCUAUCUAUCUAUCUGGCUCUUCUAUCUAUCUAUCUAUCUAUGAAGUCUGUUAUCUAUCUAUCUAUUCUAUCUAUCUAUAUCUAUCUAUCUAUCUAUCAUUCUAUCCUCCCACUUUUCUCUGA